AUGAUUCGUACACUUUGGUGGUACUGCUUGCUCUUUCUUUUGCCCACAGAGUCCUGUAAGACAUUAUGCCAGACCACCAGCAAAAGUAUGGCGAAGGUGACUGUCAAGCCACUCGGUGUAUGUGAUGGUGCCUGUACGGAAAGUGCCUCCUGCCAUCAAUCGUGUCCUCCAGGCACUGAGGGUGACAUGGAUUUUGCCUGCAGGGCCAAGAAAUGGCAUAAAGUCAAUGAUACCUGCUGUACUCUUACUGCUUUCAACAUCUUUGAGGAAUCAUAUUUACUUCAAUCAUUUGAAGAAACUGUACGUGUAAAUGAGUUCGCCAGCAAACCUGAAACCAUAGCAGAUAUAUUGAUGGAAAAGUGUCCAGUGGAUUUGUCUUGUGUAAUUAGAAACAUUCAGCAGUCUCCCCGGAUACCAGGGAACAUCGCUCUUGUGGUACAACUCUUACGCAACAUCUCAACAACUCUGACCAGAGAUGUUGAUGAAGCAAAGAUGCAGAGUUACAGUGCCAUGGCCAACCACAUUCUUAAUAGCAAUAGCAUCUCAAAUUGGACCUUCAUUCCGGACAGAAACAGCAGCUGUGUCCUACUUCAUUCAGUCAAUUCCUUUGCAAAAAAGCUGUUUGUGAAGAAACACCCCAUCAACAUAUCAGAUGCCUUCAUUCACACCAUGGGCACCAUGGUGUCAGGAGAAAACCUGGAGAAUUUUACUUUCUCAAUGCAAAUUAAUGAUACUGGCGAUAAAGUCACUGGGAGGGUGCUGCUCAGUACCAAUGAGCUUCGGAAGGUAUCUUCUCCUUUGCAGGUCAUCAGCAUUGCUUUUCCAACUCUUGGGGCCAUCCUGGAAGCCAGCCUUUUGGAAAAGAGAACUGUGAAUGGACUUGUCCUGUCUGUCAUUCUACCUAAGGAGCUUGAAAGAAUCUCUCUGGUUUUUGAAAAGAUCAGCAAGUUAGAGGAGAGGAAGUCGCAGUGUGUGGGCUGGCACUCUCUGGAGAACAGAUGGGAUCAGCGGGCCUGUGAGAUGAUUCAAGAAAACUCCCAGCAAGCUGUUUGCAAAUGUUGGCCAAGCAAGUUCUUCACGUCUUUCUCAAUUCUCAUGUCACCCAACACCUUGGAGAGCCGGAUUCUGACUUAUAUCACAUACAUAGGCCUGGGCAUUUCUAUUUGCAGCUUGAUCAUUUGCCUGUCCAUUGAGGCCUUGGUCUGGAGUCAAGUGACAAAGACAGAGAUCUCAUAUUUACGUCAUCUUUGCAUCGCUAACAUCGCAGCCACCUUGCUGAUGGCUGACAUGUGGUUCAUCGUGGCUGCCUUCCUCAGUGGCCCAGUGACACACCACCACGGAUGUGUGGCUGCCACCUUUUUUGUUCAUUUCUUUUACCUGUCUGUGUUUUUCUGGAUGCUUGCCAAGGCACUUCUCAUCCUCUAUGGAAUUCUGAUCGUGUUCCAUACAUUGCCCAAGUCAUUCCUGGUGGCCUGUCUCUUUUCAGUGGGCUAUGGGUGUCCUUUGGUUAUUGCUGUUGUUACAAUUGCUGUCACUGAGCCUGGAAAAGGCUACCUCCGGCCUGAGGCCUGCUGGCUUAACUGGGACAUGACCAAGGCCCUGUUGGCCUUUGUGGUCCCAGCUCUAGCCAUCGUGGUAGUAAACCUGAUUACAGUCACACUGGUCAUCAUCAAGACCCAGCGACCUGCCAUCGGUAGUUCCAUGUUCCAGGAAGUUAGAGCCAUUGUGAGAAUCUGUAAGAACAUCGCCAUCCUUACACCACUGCUGGGACUGACCUGGGGAUUUGGAAUAGCCACGGUCAUCGACGUUCACUCUUUGGCGUUCCAUAUUAUCUUCUCUUUGCUCAAUGCAUUCCAGGGUUUCUUCAUCCUGGUGUUCGGGACCAUCUUGGAUCCAAAGAUAAGAGAAGCCUUAAAGAGUCGAGUCAGCUCUGCCAAAUGGAUCUCCAGAAUAUCAGAGUUUCCUCAGGACUCCCAAAUCAAUUCCACCUCCUAA